AUGACCCCCGACCUCCAGACACCCUAUCUUUGGGCGGCAUGUCUGGUCACCGACUUGGUCGAGCUGGAAAACUUCAGAGACACACUGAAAGGGCUAUCCCCGUCGAAGGCUAUGGAUGCUAUGGCACAGAUCAGCGGGGCGGUCAAAAGCGUUGUGACAUUGAGCAGCACUUCUGACUCUGAUGAGGUGGUCUCUGCUGCGUCUUCUCCAAUCUCCAAGCUUCCCAGAAGAGAACCGGCAACCCAUAGUACAAGAAGCACCCCCACGAAGACCGGCAACAGCCCACGACCACACUUGACACCUGUGAAGGGAUCUCCUGGGAAAGCAGGUUCCGGAGGCGGACAUCAAACUGCGCAAUCUGGGUCACCCAUUUCACCGGGUAAGAAGAAGCAGUACAGGAAAAAACGAGCGGUUCAAAUUACAAAGCAGAGAGACUCUGAUACAUGCCCUUUGCUAGGCACCAGAUACUGCGAAGCUGCUCAUGUCUACCCCUUUGCCGCUAUCGACAGGAAGUUUUCGAUAAACUCUUCCUUGUUGUCUCUCGUAAAGGUUUUUGGAGAGACGAUGAUCGACAGACUCAGUGACGAUCUCCUCAUGACCAACCUGGAUUCUUGCGCCAUCAAUAAAUUGGAGUAA